UACUGUUUCCUUAGGACACAUUUCAAUUUGUCAUCGCUAACCCAUUGAUACCGAACUCGCUUUACUCAUUACACCCUUCAUUCUUCAUCUAUAAAAAAGGCUCACAACCUCUUCACGCACGGUAAUCAGAGAGCCUUUUCCUUUCUCCCAUUUCCCCUCUCCCCCUCUCUCUCACCCUAUCCAUCCAACCAUAGCUCUUCUCUUGAGCAAAGCCAUGGCUUUCUAUCUUGUGUUCACAGCCCUUGUUGGGCUCUGCUCGGUUUCUUCAGUAGCAGAGCUUCUGCGGUUGGAACAGCAGGCUAAAGCUGACGGGUCCCUCAGCUUUCUGGUGGUGGGUGACUGGGGAAGAAGAGGAUCUUUCAACCAAUCUCUGGUUGCACUUCAGAUGGGAAGGGUAGGAGAGGAGUUGGACAUAGAUUUUGUAGUAUCGACUGGAGAUAAUUUCUACGACAAUGGAUUGUCGGGCAUCCACGACACAGCAUUCGAGAAGUCGUUCGGCAAAGUCUACACUGCCCCAAGCUUGCAAAAGCAAUGGUACAAUGUUUUGGGUAACCAUGACUACAGAGGAAAAGUUGAGGCUCAACUGAGUCCCAUUCUUACCAAGAUGGACAGCAGAUGGCUUUGCUUGAGGUCUUUUAUUCUGAAUUCAGAAAUUGUAGAGUUUUUCUUUGUAGAUACGACACCAUUUGUGGACAAAUACUUCACAGAUCCUGAGGACCAUGACUAUGACUGGAAGGGCGUCCUUCCCCGUCAGGCUUAUCUCUCAAACCUCCUCCAGGAUGUGGACACGGCAUUAAGAGAUUCCACAGCCAAAUGGAAGAUUGUGGUUGGCCACCAUACAAUCAGAAGUGCGGGACAUCACGGGGACACAGUGGAGCUUGUAGAUCAGCUUCUCCCAAUCCUUCAGGCAAACAGUGUGGAUCUUUACAUAAACGGACAUGACCAUUGCUUGGAACACAUCAGUUCCCCCGACAGUCCAAUUCAAUUUCUGACGAGUGGUGGCGGGUCAAAGGCAUGGAGGGGCGAUGUGCAAUGGUGGAAUCCAGAGGAACUCAAGUUCUACUACGACGGGCAAGGGUUCAUGUCAGUGCAGAUUACUGCAUCUCAAGUUGAUGUUGCAUUCUAUGAUGUUUUUGGUGCGGUUUUGCAUAAAUGGAGUACGUCCAAAGAGCUUAACCUUCCAAUGUAGAGAGUGAGAAAUAUGCAAAGAAUGGGCUGCAAGUGAGAACCUAUAUGUGCAUGUAAAAUAUUAAGCUUAGCUUAGCUAUUGUUUGAAACUCUAUUCGAGUAUUAUCCAUUGUGGAGAAGCCCAGCUAGUAUUGCUAAAUAUCUUAUAUUUCUAGAGCCAAUAAUGAAUAGUGCAGUUUUAUGCUUCA